AAAAAGGAAUUUCAGAUGUUAGGACUUUUAGCUGUGUCUCUGUUGGGCGUGGCCGCGUUUGACCUAUCGGAGUCGAGCGUCAAGCAACCAAUCAACGAGCCGGAAGUGGUUGUACAACUGAAGUACGACGGGGGAGAAUUGGACCGGAUAUACUUGACGCAGUUUCGCAAGGAUCAGAGAAUCCCGGCAGUUCCCGCGAGACCGACCGUGUGUGCGGAUCUGUGCCAUUCAGGACUCGGCGGCGAAGCAUGCGGAUCUGCCUGCAGCGAGCUGAUGCCGGUGGGGCUCAAGUAUGCUUUGAAGAGUGGAAACGUUAGCAGUGAGCAGUUCGGGGAACCCAGAGUUGCCGUUUGCCCUGUCCUUUGUGAGAAUCAGCUCGGGGAGCCACUUUGCGCGUGUUCGGACCUAACGAAGCACCUAACAAACUGGACCAUGGUCUGCCAUGCAUUCUGUGACACCGACGCCUACACUCUUAAUGGGUGUCCGGCAUGUGAAAACAGUUCAGCACUGCCACAGCCACUUCAAGUAAACACCGCUCUGCAUGUGCGCUUGGACACUAGUGAAGGCUGGCAGGCCUGGUGCAACGUGCAAUGCCGUCAGGGACAGGGCGGCGCUGCUUGUAACUGCGACCGGACGCCGUUUUAAGCCAGUAUGACGCGGAACGCCAACGGAAGUUAUCAAUCAAUCAUUUGCCGAAAAGAUCUGACCUCUUCUGCAUUUUAACAUAACAGGAUAAAUAACAAAUUAUUAAAACAUCUUUAGCAAUGACGUAUUUUAUGUUUUUACGGAAAAUCAAUCUUAAUAUUUUAUUUAGUGUAACGUGUUGAUUUGAUAACUUCAGAUAAAAUGAAAUAUGUUUAACGGUAGUGUCGCCGAGGCCAAGCUAUGCUUUUCGUUAUAAUUAAUUAUAAUUUCGCUAAUUAUAUACAUAAAUGUUAAUACAUGACCAGAUUUCGUUGACAUGGCUAGUUGGUCGUAAGCUAAUGAUUUUACAUUCCUUUGAUAAUCAGAAAUUAAAUGUAAUAAUAUAUGUGUAUAGCACUUUAUAACUAAUUCGACAUAUCAAUAAGAAUAUAUAUUCAAAAUAGUUUUAAGCUGUACAUAUGAGAUACUGUGCAAAAGACAAUACACAAUUAGCAUUAGAAUUAAAUACAAAAAUAAUUUGUAUUUUAGUUUUAGUUAUUAUGUUUAUUAAAUUUUAUUUGUCACUUUUCUUUUUUUUUGUUGAAACCUACCAGUCAAUUAUUAAAUGAGGACAUAAUGUGACGUCGGGUUGAUAAUAGACAAGAGACCAUCUCAGAUGCAGUUCUUUCAUCUCUAUCUCCUAAUGGCGUAGUUGAAGUAAACAUAUACAUAAAUUUUAUUUUUAAUAUACUUUAAUUAGUUUUAAAAAUUCAUAAAUCAAAUUCAGCCUGAGAUGAAUAAUUCACUGAUGGUUCACAAUGAUGUCCUAAAACAAAUUACUUUGACUCCCUAAAGUUUUCAAUUUUAAAAUUCGUGUCAGUAGACGAGUAGAAUUGGUGUUUGUAGAUUUGUCUUUUUGUAGAAUUUUAAUGUAGAUCGCAUGUUAAUACGAUUCGGGGGUAAAUCGAACCUAUGUUCGGAAAAGUGUAAAUUAUUGUUAGGAUUAAUUGUAAAAAGUUUUUCUCCUUGCAUAUGUCUCGGUAGAAUUUAAACUAAGGAUUCGAAAUUAUAAUAUAUUUUCGCAUUGGAGAGAUAAAACCACAACUUACCUUAAACUGUAGAAUCAUCAUCCUUAUUUAACUUAGACUUAUUUAACUUUAAAUGCGUCGUUCUGCAGUAUAACAAAUUUCAUAAUAGUUACACUUCCACAUGUUUACGUUACACGUACACACACAUUUCGUAACAAACACAACUCGAAUAGAAAUGAAGUCACUCUACAAUCUGUGUUAAUAGGACCUUGCUAUUAAUUCUUCAAUUCCGUUUUUGUUUAAAUGAGUAUCACAAUCAGCAGACAAAUAAAUAAUCAUGAAAUGAAAUACCGUAAUAGAAGUUACUCUACGUAAAAAGUGUUUAAAAAUGUAUGUAUAAUUUCACUAAUAUAUGUAUUGCACAAUUAAUGUAUAUAAUAAUCUUAAAUCUAAAACUUACAUAAUUGGCCGGAGGUCUCCGAUAAUGUGUACCCAAAAACUAAAUAAAACUUAAUAUAUAAACGAAAUACGCAGACAUUGACCUGUGCCCUCUGAUAUUAUUUUGUUGUUCAUAAUCUCUGUAAAAGAAGCAAAGAUUAUCUUAAUUAGACCGAGAUACUUGUAUUAAAUAAGUGUUGAAAUCAAAAAAAUCCAGUAGCGACUAUAUUAUUAGAUAUACAUAUUAACUUUAAUUAACUUUGUAGGUAAGAAUCGUAUUUAAGGUUAGCAUAGAACAACCAAGAAUUAUCGUAACAAACAAUAUCACAUAUGUCUUCCAUUAAAAUAAGUCUUAGGUAUUUCGAUACGUGCAUAAUGACGUAUUAUUACAAUAGGUGAGUAUCUUGUAAUGUAACCACGAUUUUCGCUCUAAUUGUAAGAUAUCGAGUAGAAUUUUGUUUUAAUAAUUCACUCCUAUAUCGUAUGCGUGUCUAGUUACACACGUGGUUAGUGUAUGAUAAUAUACGUUGGAGCAAUGGCGUCACUGUUAGCUGUAUAUGUUAUUAAACUAUGUCACAGGGCUCAUAUAUUAACGUUACGGCUAAAACAGUCUUAUGUAUUUGCCGAUACUGCUAGAUCUAUAAGUUAACGUCUAUUCAAUAGUCGAUAGUAAUAGUGAUUCAUACAUAUUAUAUAAAUAAUUGCAACGCCAUUGCUUCGACAAUUAAAUAUAUUAAAACGUUUCGAAGUUAAUCGUAUGAUUUUUGUUGUGUUUCCGAAAUCUUUAAUUAAAUCAUGUGGAAUCUUUCUAGUCAAAUAAAAGCUUUUUAGUGUUAGAGGCACACCAAAUGAAAACCGAAAUAGAAUUCACUGUCUUUAUUGUCCUCUGACUUAGGUACAUGUCGGUUUUAGGGCGACUGAUUGAUCCACGUGCAAGUGGAAUUACAAAAUUUCUAAAUAGACAAUAAUUACACCUCUACAGCUUUUAAGUCGCCGUAUUGCGCAUUUUAAGAAGUGUAGGACUUCGGCUGGGCCGUCGGGGACAUAAGGUAUAUAAAUUUGUAGUCGCUAUUACAACAGAACAAACUAUUUAGUUUAUAAUUAAUUUUAUUAUCAAGAAAUGAUGCAGAUUCAUUAUUCAGCUAAAUAAAAGUUAGAACUGAUUGUAUAUUCAUCACCUUUUCUUAAAACUAUAUAUAUCUACACUAGGUUAAAAGUAUUACAUUCAACUCGUUAAUUUCAAGUUUAUAUUGCCAUGUAUUUUUUGAGUUUAAAUUAAAUUGUAUUUUUAUAUAUAUUAUUAUGUUUAUACCAGAAAAUAUAUUUUAUUUACGAUAACAAAAUUAAACAUCUUCCAAGUGUUUGGAAAUUAGUCUGACCUGUAGUGGAUUAUCUGUUUAUUAAUCUUAAAUUAUCUUCAAUAAAAUAUAUAUACUUA